AUGGGGAUUCAAUUAUCAACCAUACAGACACCCCAAUUUCAUGAGUUAUUUUCUGAAGAACUUCCUGAGUACUAUAAUGAACGAAGUCUAGGAGAUUCGCAGUUUUUGCGAACUUUUCGCAUGCUAAAACGUAAAGGGAAUGAAGAAUUAAUCAAGGUUUUCGUGAAUAAAUUGCCGGAAAUAUCACUGACCGGCAUUGUGAAUUCCCUGCAAGAAGAACAAGAAAGAAUUCUUGAAAAAUCACCCAACGUUCUUCCAUACACGAAGACUCUGGUUACCUUGCGUGCUGCUUAUUUAAUGCGUCCUUAUGUUGCCCAUAACUUAUACGACAGAAUAUCUACUCGCCCAUUUUUAGAUUCUGCUGAAAAAAAGUGGAUCAUGUUCCAAUUACUAAAAGGCAUCUCUGAUUGCCAUAAACGAGGGAUUUGUCAUGGUGACAUUAAAACUGAAAACGUGUUGGUAACUACAUGGAACUGGGUAUACAUAUCGGACUUCAGCUCGUUUAAGCCGACGUACCUUCCGGAAGAUAACCCGGCCGACUAUAGCUACUUUUUCGAUACUUCUUCUCGUCGUGUCUGUAAUAUUGCUCCUGAACGCUUUGUUCCAAACUCACAAAUACACGUAGCUCCUCUGACACCAGAGAUGGAUAUUUUUAGCUUGGGCUGUGUCUUUGCCGAACUCCUUUUGGAAGGGUCUCCCCUCUUUACUCUUUCGCAGCUUUUCAACUACAAGGCCAAUGGCUCUUACGACAUCGCUGCAGUGCUUCGUCAAAUUAAAGACCAAGAUACUCAAAAUAUGAUAUUACAAAUGCUUCAAUGUGACCCUACACAACGUGAUACAGCCGACUAUUAUCUGAAGCGUUAUCGAGGAACUGUAUUUCCUGAAUGCUUUUAUGUCCCCUUGUAUAAUUACUGUUGUAAAUUAUUAGACCCUCAAACCCUUUCACAUAUACAGCCCGUUCGAAAUCAGCCGAAUAUUUAUUCUUCAAGAGUGGAUUCUAUAUUUAAUGAUUUAUCUCCGUUUGAUGAUUUUUUUUCUACCGUUUCUAAUGACACGCUAUUAUCUAAGAAAAUGAAUAAUGAUUUUGAAAGUUCUUUUAUGCCUCUUUAUACGUCCUUGCCUGAUGAGUUUGAAAUGACAUUCGCUUCUGGCAAAUGGUAUCAGCUAUUUUUGGAGAAUUUGAGAAAGAAAUUCUCCUUGGAUGGAAGUAUGCAUUCUGAAAAUAUUAGGGAACAUACAAGAAAUAAUGAAAGUUAUGAUAACGAAUUUUCGGAAGCUUCCAUAUAUGCUGCCAGUAUCCUUUUGCCAAUUGUUUUAUCUGCCUUGCGCCAUGUCAGCACCAGAGAAUCAAAGCUGAAUGCCUUAAGGACUAUAGAAAUAUUAUCAACUAGUAUUCCUGAUGAGGCAAAAUUAGAUACUGUAUUACCCUUUGUGAUGACUCUUGUUGCCGAUGAAUUUACAGAUGUGCGGAUUCGGGCUCUGAUAACCAUUACUCGUCUUGUUAGGAACAUUACGGCCAUCGCCCCUAUUAAUGCAUUUCUAUUUCAAGAAUACUUGUUUCCAGAUUUACAAAGAUAUUUAUCUGAUCCUAAUUGUCGUUGUCGUGCUACUUAUGCAUCCUGUCUUCCAGAAUUAGCGAGACAGGCUUCAAAGUUUGUGAACCUUGCUCAGUCUCUUAGAAACGCAGGAAUUUUAUCUUUCCCAGAAUCUGAAUAUGAAAAUGUUAAUCAUGGCAAAGCAGAAUUGCUAUUUGAAACAGGACGUCAUGAUUUAGUCGUCACGGUAGAAAGACACGUUUCGAUGUUGUUGGCCGACGGCUCAUCUAUUGUACGAAGAUCCCUACUAAGUGCUCUUCCACCUCUUUGCGUCUUCUUCGGCAAAGCCAAGUCGAAUGAUCUGAUCUUAAGUCAUCUAAUCACUUAUUUAAAUGAUACUGAUUGGAUGCUUCGAUGUGCCUUUUUUGAAAGUAUCACUGGCCUUGCCAUAUUCAUCGGUUCUCGUAGUGUUGAUGAGUACAUUCUACCUUUGAUGUUACAAGCUUUGGUCGAUCCUGAACCCGCGGUGCUGGAAAGCGUACUAGAAUCGUUUGCUGCACUUAUCGAGCUUCAAUUAUUCGACAAACUAGUUAUCCUUAAAGUCCUUCAUCUUAUUUUACCUUUUUCCAUCAUACCCAAUAUUUAUACUAGGAAGGCUACUCUUUCUGUCGUUUACUCCACUUACCUGUGUUUAGAAGAGGUUGAUCGACAGUGUAUUUUAAUGCCUGUACUUUUACCGUAUUUACUUUCUCCCGUCCACAAUAUUAAUAGUCUGGAGGAACUUGAUCUCUUUAUUGUCCCGAUGGUUCCAGCGUCCGUCUGGUCAACGCUAACACAUUGGUUUACUGAAUCAGAUAACAGCUCUGAAUUUUGGAGAGUUGUUCGCUCACCUAAUCAGUCUAACAAUGAUGAUGAUAUAGGUGACUUACAGUUGAGUUCAGAGAAAACGAAUGAUGGAAUGUAUUCAUUUUCGAAUUUACGACCUAGGAAGAAGCUCUUCAUUUUAGGACAUACUGUUUUAACUUCGUCAGAAGUACUUGAAUUGAACGAUGACGAUCGCAAGUGGAUUGAUAUUAUAAAAAAUUUGGGCAUAAAAGAAGAGCAUUUGUUUAUCUUGGGAAAUCUUCGUGAAUAUGUAUUCAGAACAAUAACUAAUUCUGGAAUCUUGAUAAGAAAACGGGAAAGCGAACUUGCUUUUAAUCAGACAAAGGAUACCCCAAAAUCGCCUUUACAUAUCUUGCCAGAAAUGAUAUUUUGGAAUCCUGAAGCUCCUUAUUCACCAUAUUUAUUAACAGAAAAUAUGGAAUCAAAUGCGAAUAAAUAUGCAGACUCUAUUUAUACUAAGCAUUCGCAAACCGAAGACUUGGUUUCACCGGAAUCUGCAGCUUAUGUUGGAACCGACAUGACCAAUGCCUUCGGGUCAACUACAAAAUCUUUGAAAGAAAGAGUGAAUGAUAAAACACAUUACCAAAAACCUAAAUCUUCCGAAGCUAAUACUUUGUCUGAAGCAAUCUUACAGCGCAGUAAACCAAUAGAUCAGCGAAGAAGAAUUGAUUCUAAUGCCAGUUCUCUGCUUUCGUCUGAUAAUGAAUCUUCAACUCAGUUAUUAGAAAAUCAAAAGGAGCAUAGUUACGAUGAGCAAAGGAGUAGGGAUCAUUCUGUCGAAAGGGAAUUGAUUGGAAAAAACAAAAAAUUGGGUGAUUAUAGUUUAAUAAUUGACUCAAAGGUUUCCAAUCUAGAGGCACCAAGUCCUACAAUGUCAGCAGCCUCAAAUACGUUGCGCGGCCUUGUCACCAACGAACUCAGUUUGAAAGAAGGUGCCAAGAAAUCGUCUUAUACAGGAAAUAAUCCAUAUGUAACUAAUUACCUUAACAAAAUUUAUGCCGAGGCUGCAGUAACUGCGGUAGAUUUCGGACCUGCUGUUGCACCUAGCUGGGCAUCGUCUAUUUCCCUGCGCAAAAGAGGAAAGAUCACUAAUUUGAGCAAACAACCAAAUAAAGGCAUACAAGGGAAUGAAUGGCAACCAGAAGGAGUUCGUGUUACUCAGGUGAAUUUGGGAAAUGUCAAAGAAGGAGGUAUAAAGCGGAUUAUUGCAAGCCCUGAUUCUUUAUUUUUUGUUACUUUGGGACUAGAUGGGCUAAUUCGCGCAUGGCAACUAGUUGAGAAUGAUCACCAGAUUCCGGUUUGCAAAUGUGAAUGUCGGUUAGUAUACGGCCAUACUCGUCGAAAUGGAGAAAGAAGCCGGUUUCCUGUAGUUAACGGGUGCUUUAUGGGAAACACGUAUUCAUUUGCAUCUGUUACACAAGAUGGAUCUAUCGAAGUGCAUCGACUAGAUGUUAACAAUCAGAAGCAUAAAUUGCUUACAAGUAGUAGGCUUCCUAAUAUGGAUAUUAGCGAUUCAAUUACAUCAGUGGAGUCAGCAAACUUUUACGAUGGAAGCGUUCGUAUAGUAAUAGUAACCGCUUGGUCAAAACUUUACUAUUUGGAAGCCGGAAAUUUGCAAAUACUAGCUUCUGUACAAUUGCCAGUUGACCGAGGAUCUGCAACUUCAGUUGCUGUUUCUGAUGGGUGCUUAUGGGUGCUUAUAGGGACCUCUAAGGGCUGGCUCUUGUUGUGGGAUUUGCGCUUCAAUGUUCUUUCAACAGCAUGGAGGAUAUCAGCGAAAGUAGACAAAAUUGUUUUUUUGACUGGUAGAUUCAAAAAGGACCCAGCAUUUUCUCUAUUUGGUGAAGGGAAUAACAAUCAAAACUUAGAAUCUCAAUCCUCGAUGGGACUCGGGGGAAGCUCAAGUGAUAGUUCUAAAAGCAUAAAGCCAACGACACCGAUAAUGGGAGCAGUCAAUCAAGAUGCAAAAGCUAUUUCUACCGUCCUUGGUUGUACAACUGUAUCGAUAAGCUUCAGUCGGAUGAUAGGUAACAGGAAAGAAAAAAGGGGGCAUAUAGGGUUUGAAGACAAUUCGCUUGAAGGCUUGAAUCAUUUAUCAUCGGGAGUUUUAAUUUUCGACGUUGAGCGAGGGAAAUGUGAAGAAAUGUUUUUAGAAAACUGGGAACUUGGCAUCCCGCCCCCAAUUCCAAUACGACAGGAAGUAGAUGAUGCAAAUGACCUUAAAUUGCGUCAAGAGUCCUGGCCUCGUGACCCUUUUUCCACCUUGAAUGACUCAUCCCAAGAAGAAUCCCAAAUCUAUCAUUCUGGGUGGCCAUGCUUGUCAGUCCCGGUUUACUACCAAAAAGAUUCAACGAUAGCACCAACGGAACGAAAGCUCCUGUUUGUCGUCGUCUCUCCUGGGAGCCCUCAUGCAUACACGUGGGACACGAGCAACCCAUCCAAAAGCUCGUCAAUUACCAACAUUACUGAAACAGCCAAGAUUUCAACUCUACAGAAUGCACCUCCGGUACAUCUACGAACGGUGGAAUCAUCCCAGGUUCGACCGAAAUCCUCCGGUGUUUCUCGACCACUCUUAUUCCUUCAACAGCUAAAAUAUCUUCCAAAUGAGAACCGUAUAUAUCCCAUUAUUGACAUUGCUUUCCUUUACCGGCCUUAUGCUCUUACACUGCUUGUCGACGCAGCGGGAAAUGUAGAAUUAUGGACUUAA